GGCGACGGCGGCGGCGGCGGCGCCGACCGCGCAGCAGGCUUCGACAUCGAGCUGGCGCUGGCUCACCGGCGCAUUCACGGCAUCCUCGCCGCGCUGGCCAUGGUGCUGCUGUUCCCCCUCGGCGCCAUCCUGCUGCGCGUGCUGCCGGCCGGCCGGCCGGCUGUGUGGACGCACGUGGCGGUGCAGUUGCUCGCGUGGGGCGUGUACGUCGCGGCCGCGGGGCUGGGCAUCGACCUCCUGCAAAACCCGUCGACGCGUUACCACCCCAUCAUCGGCCUCGUGCUGCUCGCGCUGCUGGUCAUCCAGCCCGUUGUGGGAUUCGUCCACCACAGGGUGUACAAGAGGGUGCAGAGGCGGCAGCUGUGGUCGUACCUGCAUCUGGCCAUCGGGCGGGUCGGGAUUACCCUCGGGAUCAUCAAUGGUGGGCUGGGUCUGUACCUGGCAAACGCGUCGGCCUCCGCUAAGCGGGUAUACGCCAUCGUGCCGGCCAUUAUGUGGGCGCUGUGGAUGCUGGUGGCGCUUUGGUCUGAGAUCCGGAGGCUGAGGAAGAUGCACCGAGACAGCAAGUCGGCGGCGGCCAAG